UCGAAUCUUAAACCCAAGGGCCAAAAUCCGACAAAUAUUUAAGAAACUUAUUCAACGAUCUCUGCAAUAUCGAUAAUGGCGGUCCACAAUCCUUUGAACUGCCAAUAACGAUUUUAUUCCUCUCACAAUAAUACUACUAAUAAAUACUCCCCAUUUCCCACUCCUCCAUUGAGGCAAUUAAUUGAUUGAUCAAUCAUGAUCCACCGGCCGCUUCUCUCAGCCGUCCUCUUCCUGAUCCUCUGCGGCGCGGCGCACGGCCGCCUCAUUUCCGACCAAUCGCGUCUCGUCUCCGAUGGCUCCGAAGCGUUUCUCCGCCUCGGAGCGGAGGAGGCGACGUGCGAGCAGACGUACGGAUUCAUGCCGUGCACGACGACGGCGAUGGGGAACCUCUUCCUCAUCCUCGUCUACGGAUACCUCAUGUUCACGGCCGCCACGUAUCUCUCCGGCGGCAGCGAGCUUCUGCUCGAGAUUUUGGGCCCCGGAAUCGUCGGCGGCCUCUUCCUCCCCAUUCUCGGAGCCCUCCCUGAUGCUAUGCUUAUACUCGUCUCUGGUAUGUCGGGAAGUGUAGAAACUGCUCAAAGCCAAGUUUCAGUUGGCAUGGGCCUUCUCGCCGGCUCAACCGUCAUGCUCCUCACUGUCAUUUGGGGCUCCUGCAUUCUCGUAGGCAAGUGCGAUCUUCAAGAUAAUCUCGCCAAAGACAACCAAGACACGAGAGCCUUCAGUUUAACUGGUUCGGGCGUUAGCACGGACAUAUGGACAACCUAUGCUGGCAUAAUCAUGGCUAUAUCCGUGAUUCCCUUCAUCAUAGUGCAAUUUCCACAGAUGUUGCAUUACGACUCCGGAAGGAACUUGGCCGUCUUGAUUGGCCUCAUUGUCUCAGUUUCCCUCCUAAUCUCCUAUUGCCUUUACCAGGUUUUCCAGCCCUGGGUUCAGAAGAGGCGCCUCGACUACAUCAAGCACAGGCACGUGAUGUCGGGGAUCCUAAAGCAUCUGAAGAAGCGCGCCCUUGGGAAGCUCUCCACAGAGGACGGUCGCCCUAACGUAGAAGUUCUCUCCAAGCUGUUCAAGGCGAUUGACGAGAACUCGGACGGAUACCUUUCCCACAAUGAUCUCCGCGCCCUCAUCAUCGGAAUCCAGUUCAACGAGGUGAGUUUAGACCACAGCGACGCUGUGGAGAAGGUGAUGAGGGAGUUCGACACCAGCCAAGACUCUAGAAUUGAUCUACCGGAGUUCAUCGUUGGAGUUGGGAAAUGGCUUGAGGAGGCCAAGACCGGCAAUGAAUCCAACCACGCUGCUGAUUCGAUGAAGUACAUCGAAGACUUCCACACGCAAACAAAGAGGGAUCAUUUCCUGUUGGGCGUCCAGAGCGAGGAGGGCGAAGAGGGCGUCGAGAACUCGCCUUGGACCACGGUGAAAGCCGUCCUUCUACUCCUCCUCGGAACCGCCAUCGCAGCUGCAUUCGCGGACCCGCUCGUGGACUCUGUCCAAAACUUCUCCAACGCCACCAAGAUCCCUACCUUCUUUAUAUCAUUCAUUGCUCUGCCACUGGCGACCAACUCCAGCGAGGCCGUGUCCGCCAUCAUAUUCGCCAGCAGGAAGAAGCUGAGAUCCGCGUCCCUAACGUUCUCUGAGCUGUAUGGAGCCGUGACGAUGAACAACGUGCUGUGCCUGUCGGUGUUCUUGGCGCUGGUCUACGCUAGGGGGCUGGUGUGGGACUUCUCGUCGGAGGUGCUGGUGAUUUUGAUCGUGUGCAUCGUGAUGGGCGUGUUUGCGAGCGUUCGCACCACCUUCCCGGUUUGGACCUCUUUGGUGGCUUUUCUUCUGUAUCCAUUUUCUCUUGCACUUGUGUAUGUUCUCGACUUUGUCUUCGGAUGGUCGUAGGUUAACAUUAGUUUGGUUUGUGUUUUGAUGUGAGGUGUGGUAGAUUUUCACAGUUUCUUGUUGGAGCUUGACUGGUUGUGAGCCAUGGAAAUGUUUGGCCAUGCUUGGUUAGUUUUUAAUGAAUUAUUCACAGUUGGAAUUA